UGCAACCGAGUUUCCUUCGUAUCUGUUCGUCGGUUCGGCUCUAUGGACAACCGGUCUAGUUUGAGAUUAUCGAACUUUGCUGUAGAUGCUAGCAGAAACUAGGCCGAGUCAUGCGUACGACGCCAACGACCCGAGCGUCAUCGUGCAUUGCAUGUCUUUAAUCGAGACACCUGAGGCUCGGGGCUAUCGCUUCAGGUCUGGGCGGCGUCAUCGGUACAUGCAGUCGGGGUGGGUAUCAACGGGUCCCUGGCUCCAUCGUGCGAUUUCCACCCUUCGAAAUCCAUCUGAACUGCAUACGGAGGCGUACGGAGGAGCCUGGAGAUUGGAGAGUUGGGGAUCGAGAACCGACCCCCACACUGCCACACUUAGCGCGCUUUUUCUUCGCGAGAUUUUCCAUCACUUCCAACUUGGCAUGCUUCAUAACAGGUUUGAUGGGUUGACUUGGCUUGUGCGGCGAGUUUGUUUUCGGUCAAUUGCGGUUAGAUGGAAAGCUGUGGGUGUUGCGCCAACGCAUUAUUUGCGACUCUCGGCUCCCCGAACUUUGCAUCGGUUGCAUGCCCGGUGACCUGGAUCGUCGGCCUCGUUCCGAGGGCUCGGCAUUGUCAACUCCAAUACUGAUCUUGAGAGCUUUACGCAUUACACAGUACUUGCUUGUCGCUUUUCACUGGGUCUCUUUCCUGCAAUGCCUUUCUGGCGGCUUGUCAACAAGGGACUUCUGGAGUACAUAUGGAAUGUCGCAAAUCAUACACCUGCAA